UCGAUAGCAUAUAAUAUUGUGAGCUGCACGUGUUCCAUUUUAAAUUGGUGAUUUUCUCGGAUUUAGCGAGUUUUAGUGAGCUAAUUCAAAAAACCCAGGGCCGCCAUGCAGCACGACGAUGUGGUUUGGAGCAUCAUCAACAAGUCCUUCUGUUCGCACAAAGUCAAGACCGACACGCGCACCUUCUGCCGCCAUGAGUACAAUUUGACGGGUCUCUGCACGCGGCGAACCUGCCCGCUGGCCAAUUCGCAAUAUGCCACCGUUCGCGAGGAGAAGGGCAUCAUUUAUUUGUUCGUCAAGACGGCGGAGCGAUCGCAUAUGCCCAGCAAGCUGUGGGAAAGGAUCAAGCUGAGCAGGAACUUCGAGAAGGCCAUCGAACAGAUCAACGAGAACCUGGUCUUCUGGCCCAAAUACAUGAUAGCCAAGAACAAGCAGCGUUUCCUCAAGAUCACCCAGUAUCUGAUGCGAAUGCGCAAGCUGAAGCUGCGCCGCCAGAAGCUCAUUGUGCCGCUGUCCACGAAGAUCGAGCGUCGGGAGGCGCGGCGCGAGGAGAAGGCCUUGGUGGCCGCCAAGAUCGACAAUCACAUCGAGAAGGCGCUGAUGGAUCGUCUGAAGCAUGGCACCUAUCGCGACAUUUACAACUUCUCACAGACCGCUUUUAACAAGGCUCUGGAGGCGGAGCGUGUGGACGAGGAGGAUGAGGAGCUGGACGACGAGGAGGACGAGGAGCUGGAGCGCGAAAUGGAGGUGGACGCCGAUGAUUCCCGCGAGGCUGUCGAGCUGCAGCGCGACCUGCUCGAGGAGGAGUUCGUGGAGGCGGACACAGAUAAUGAGGAGGAGGAAGAUGAUGAGGAUAACGACGAGGAGGACGACUACGACAGCGACUCUGGCAAGCGGGAGGAGGUCGAGGUGGGCAGCGAUUUCGAAGAGUCCGACGACGAUCCGGAUGCUGAUGACAUUGAGGACAUCAAAGUGCCAGCCAAGAAAUCCCCAGCCAGCAAAUCGAAGAAGGACAAGAAGCCCAAGUCACCGGCGCCCAGUCGUCGCAGCCGCUCGAAACCCAAAUUGGAGCUGGAGUACGAGUAUGAAGUGGAGAAGGAGGCGCCAAGGCAGUUGCGCCAUUAGCCAGGUCCACACAAUAUUCCCCUCAACCCCCAUUCACCUCCCACACUUAGCUGUUAACGCUUAUUGUUUAGCCCACUAAAUUUGUAAUGCCGGUUAAGAAUAGUAUUUUAUAAAAAAGAAAGCAAAAAAAACACAGAAAAAUCGUGUGAACUAUUGUGCAUCCCCAGCAUCCCACGAUGCAUCUGUCUGUCUCGCUCGCUUUGCCUUUUCUGACCAAAAAAGGCUGCUAACUGACAUUGAAAGUGCGUGCGAUUGAGAGGGUUAAGACACAAGGGGGUUAAGCGCAUAUGGCGGCUAAAAACCAGUUUGCAAAAAUAUUCUAUAAAAACUAUAAACAAUUUCUGUCAGAGCAAUAGUUAUUUCGCAUACCCUGUAAAUUGUUCGGAGUUGCAGAGCAAAUUAGCCAAAUAAUUCAUUUUCAUUAGUGGAA